CAUCAUCAAGUCUCUGCCUUGCCUCUGUUACUUCCUGUUACUUCUAAGCCCUGUGACACAAUGGGCCUCAUAUGCAUAUAGGUCUGCAUCAGGACAUCGACUGUGCUCAAAUAAACCAUCUACCGCUCAUCUUUCUUCUUCACUUGGUCCAUUGCCUGGUUGUAUGGCUCCUCACUGACAUCUGUUUUUUAAAACUAUUUUUCUUCCUUUUCUUCCUCUAGUCAGACGCAACGCGAGAGCUGCAUCAAUGUCACCGCAGUACUGCACCCCAGUGUGAAUCUAGAUCACAUUGAUGGUGUUAAUCCAGUGUGUGUUAAUCCUUUGACUCAAGUUUGAUUCAGGUUUGAAAAUUAAAGUUAGACUCAAAUCCAGCCCAACUUCUUUUACCCAAAAGCAGUUGACAUCGCAACUUGUCAAAAUAUGAAAAAAAAAAGAAUAUUGAUUCUGAGGAGAAAUAUCAAAAUUGUAAUUUUAAAUAAAAUGAAUGACUUAUCUGAUAUGCACAUGAAUGCAGUUUUGCUCAGCCCCAGUUUAUAGGCGAAGAAUGUGAUGCCAUUUUUGGAGGCAUCCAGGAAAAGUGGAGAGGCUCAGCAGAGGAUAUGGAAUCCGGCCUGAGUCAGUGCAGAGGUUUGGUCGAAUUGAACAUGUGGUCCUGCAUCACCGACUUCUUCACCUAUGAAACCACCAAGUCGGUGGUCGUGAAGAGCUGGACCAUCGGCAUCAUCAACCGCGUCGUCCAGCUUCUCAUCAUCACCUACUUUGUCGGGUGGGUGUUCGUCCAUGAGAAGGCCUACCAGAUCAGAGACACAGCCAUCGAGUCCUCGGUCAUGACCAAGGUCAAAGGCUUUGGAGUCUACAACAACAAGGUCAUGGACGUGGCAGACUACGUGACUCCAACACAGGGUGGGUCGGUCUUCUGCAUCAUCACCAAACUGAUCACCACUGAGAACCAAGUUCAAGGCUACUGUCCUGAGAGUGAGAGGAAAUAUGUUUGCACUCACGACAGCAAUUGCACCAAACGCAUUAACAAGCCAGGAAGUUACGGCAUCCUGACGGGCAGGUGUGUCCCGUAUGGUAACGGCACCAAAGCCUGCGAGAUCAAGGGCUGGUGUCCAGCUGAGAUCGACACCAUCGAAACCUCCCCGAUGAUGGAGGUGGAGAAUUUCACGAUCUUCAUCAAAAACAGCAUCCGCUUCCCCACCUUCAACUACACCAAGGGAAACUUCCUCCCCACCAUCACAGACGACUACAUCAAACGGUGUAACUUUGACAUGGACGAAAACCACUACUGCCCGAUAUUUAAAGUGGGCGACGUGGUUAAGUACGCGCAGCAGAACUUCACCAAACUGGCCAACAAGGGCGGUGUGAUUGGGAUAAAGAUCAGCUGGAUGUGUGACCUGGACAAGUCUGACGACCACUGCAGCCCCUCCUACUCAUUCACUCGACUUGACGCCAUGUCGCAGCAGAACGCCGUCUCACCGGGCUACAAUUUCAGGUUUGCCAAAUACUUCAAGAUGGAGGACGGGACGGACUAUCGAACCCUGGUCAAAGCUUAUGCAAUCCGCUUUGAUGUGCUCGUCAACGGGAACGCUGGGAAGUUCAACAUGAUCCCGACGCUCAUAAACAUGGUGGCAGCCUUCACCUCAGUGGGCGUGGGAACCGUGCUGUGUGACAUCAUUUUGCUGAACUUCCUCAAAGGAGCGGAACAAUACAAGGCCAAGAAAUUUGAAGAGGUAUCGGACAAGCCGCAGAGCAAUGGACUGUAUCGGUCUCAACUGUCGCUGAGACACAAUGAAACCAUGUUGGAAUCCAGUGAUUCAGGAGCCUUUUCAAUCGAGCAUUACAGUUAAACGUUGGCGAGACUCACCUACACAGACGCCGUCAGCAGAAUGAAUCAUUACGCUUUGACAUUUUUUGCUCACAACACCGAAAAGGCACAUGCAGAGAUGUUUUAUGGGGGCAGUUGCUCAGGCCACAGUAAAAUAAAUUGACGAGUUAGAGAGAUGUAAAAGGUAGAAAAAAAUGCACGAGCCUGAAAAGUUAGCUACUUUAGCAUGGUGUGAUGUCCUGGAGAAAUGUAUUUAUUUUAUAUUGACUUUAGCAAAUAAGCGAAGGGUUUAUGGACAACUGGAAGGCAGAAUGUUUAAAAGUGUUGUUUUACGUUGGUGAUACUGAAGUGUAUCCUGAAUCUCUGGCUCUUCUUGGAUUGGAACCAAACUGCAAUGUUUCGAAAAGCAUUUUGUCACUCAUUAAGUGACACACUGAGUCAGUCUACCUGAGGAGACACGUUGUAUAGGAUCUUUCAUCCAUUGCUAACUCUUUUGAAAUAUUCCUCAGGCACAUCAGAGGCUUGUUUUACACUUGAAAUGAAGUAGACACUUAAACCUAACAGUAUUCUUAAUUGACGGGGCAGUACGUUUAACGA